AUGUCUAACUCCUCUAAAAACAACAGUAAAAAUAAUACAUCAGCCUCUACCAUUAUAACAAUGAACAUUCCCAUUACCCAAAAUAAUGAUAGUAGCAAUAAUCUUCUCGAUAUGAUAACAGACCCAACAGACUUUACCAAAACAAACCUACAAAACUUUGACUCCCUGUCACGAUGUCCAAUCUGCAAAGAUUUCUACGAAAUACCAGUACUCGUUGAUUGCGGACACUCAUUCUGUUCAUUGUGUAUUCGGCGAUCGAUUGUUGCUUCGGAGGCGGUUUGUCCUAUUUGUCAUGUGGCGAUUAAAGAAUCUCAGUUUCGAAAAAAUGAAGUUGUUGAGAGGACUGCCUCUCAUGUUAAAACACGACCAAGAUACCACCGAACACGUCUAGCACUUCUUGAGAUCUCAUUUAGCACGACUUGUACUAAACCAGAUUAG